AAACACUACUAGAGUUAGAGUCCGGGGACGAAGAAAUCUGGGCAGCUCCUCCUGCAUCGGGCGGCCAACUGCAGCAGCGGCAAAGGGUCUCGCACGGGCACGGCAGCCGACCGGCCGGCCAACCACCCAGCUCGCCGGCAGCGGCAAACCUGCAGAUCCCUCCACUCCCACGGAACCCGCCCUCUGCUGCGGCUGCUGCUGUUGGCCCCCUUGGAUCCCUUCCGUUCCCCACUCCCUGAUGCGGCCCGGGCCGCCGCCGCUUCCGGAUCCGCCGAUCUAGCUGCUGCUACUUCCGUCGCGGCUUGGUUGGGUUGAGGAGGACGAGGAGGGAGUGAGAGAUGAUGUUCUGGAGGGACGGCGGCGGGAACGGGCGGGACUCCCUCAGCGGCGGGCCGCCCUGCGGCCAGGUGCGCGUCCUCGUCGUCGGCGACUCAGGUGUGGGCAAAUCUUCAUUGGUGCAUCUAUUAUUAAACGGUUCCGCAGUUGCUCGACCAGCCCAAACAAUUGGAUGUGCAGUUGGUGUUAAACAUAUUACUUACAGUAGCCCAGGGAGUUCAUCGAAUAGCAUCAAGGCUGAUGCUGAAUGGAACUUCUUUGUUGAGCUUUGGGAUGUUUCAGGAAAAGAGCGCUACAAAGAGUGCCGUUCACUCUUUUAUUCACAAAUUAAUGGUGUCAUAUUUGUUUAUGACCUCUCUCAGAGAAAGACAAAAACAAAUUUGAACAAAUGGGCAGUGGAGGUUGCUGAAUCUGGGACCUUUUCAGCUCCUCUUGGUUCUGGGGGUCCAGGUGGCCUUCCGGUUCCUUACCUAGUGAUUGCCAACAAAGUGGAUAUUGCUCCAAGAGAUGGUAGAAGAGUGAGCAGUGGGAAUCUUGUUGAUGUUGCUCGUCAAUGGGUUGAAAACCAGGGCCUACUUCCACCAAUUGAAGAACUUCCUCUCGCAGAUAGCUUCCCUGGCAAUUCUGGUCUGCUCAUGGCUGCUAAAGAGGCAAGAUAUGAUAAAGAAGCUCUGAUCAAAUUUUUCCGGAUGUUGAUAAGGAGAAGGUAUUUUUCAAAUGAGCUUCCCGCCCCGAGCCCAUGGUCACUCACUCCCAGAGAGGAUACCAUCCUUCCUGUAGAAGCCGUUAAUGAUGAUGACUUGUUCCAAAGAAAAAGCUAUGGGGGCCAGAGCUACAAAUACAACGGAGUUGCUCCACUGCCAGCACAGCGAAACCUAACUCCACCCCCCACACUCUAUCUACAGCAGCCAAUGUCGUCUUCGUCAGAGAACUACAGAUACCACAGAUUCUCAUCUUCCUCAAUUCCUGAUUCAGGCGGUGGUAGAACAAGCCGAGCAGACAUCAAUAUAUGAUUAUCUGUGAGUCCUUCCCCAUUGCCACCUGUAAUGUGGAAAAGAACAUGAUGCCUGGUCUUUUUGAAUCCCAGCCUUUUGAUAUUCCGGGUUGUUCAAAUGUCUUAAUUGUUGGAUAUGCAUGUUUCUAGGGCCCUCCUUUUUAACAUAAUCUUUGUGGGAUCACUAGUGAUAAAUUCUUUUAUUCUUCCAUGUAUAUCUUUGAAUUUGUGUAUGCAUUCAAUAGUUAUUUUAGAGUAACAGAAUGGUGUACAGUGAUAUCCAGUAAUAGCAAUUUGAAUCAACCUGUUUUGUCCUGUGGGGCACUGCAGCUGUA